CUGCGUAAUUUGAUUUCCUUCCUUCGUAUCAAAAUUCUAUUUGGGACAUCUCUUCUCAAACCAAACAGUGCCUUAUUUGUGUAGUGUGAAUGUGUGAUGGCGAGUCGUUCCUUCUUAAAAAAUUGGAAAAUCCUUGAUUUUGCUUCGUUACUACUGGGAGAGUUUACGAGAAGUAUCAAACCCAUAAAAGACGUUUCUUCAACAUCAUUGACCUUCGUUGAAUUUAAUUAGUUCAAAACGGCGUUGUGUUUCCGGCAAUACCACGACGGAAGGCCCAGAGGCCCCCUUUGGAAAGGAAAAAAGCUCAUUGGCAAAGAAGCGCUUUUUGUCAUAUCGGGGUUUAAGAGGUUUAACGAUGACGAGGAUAAGCUUCACAAGUUCAUCAAAACUCACGUUCUCAGACUCUUGAAGAUGGACAUGAUCGCUGUUCUCACUGAACUUGAGCGCCAAGAACAAGUUUCUCUCGCUCUCAUGAUGUUUAAGGUGAUGCAAAAGCAAGAUUGGUACAAGCCUGAUGCAUACCUCUAUAAGGACUUGAUCAUUGCAUUGGCCAGGGCUAAGAAAAUGGAUGAAGUAUUGCAAUUGUGGGAAAGCAUGAGAAAGGAAAAUCUGUUCCCUGAUUCCCAGACUUAUACUGAAGUCAUAAGAGGCUUCUUGAACUAUGGAUCUCCCGCGGAUGCAAUGAAUAUAUAUGAGGACAUGAAGAAUUCUCCGGAUCCGCCAGAGGAGUUGCCAUUCAGGAUUCUGUUGAAAGGACUUCUUCCGCAUCCUCUUUUGAGAAACAAAGUGAAACAAGAUUUCGAGGAGAUUUUUCCUGAUUCAAGUAUCUAUGAUCCACCACAAGAGAUAUUUGGAGCCCGCUGAGAAUCUCCCAUGGCUAUGGUUCAUCCUGGAAGGAGCUGGAUCUUCAAAUGACUGGAGAUGUAGGAGUUCAGAAUUGAGGCCGCAAUCAUUUUCAAGCUUUGCAUGGUUUUGGAAUGGUUAGUUUGUUGACCGAGGGUUUACAUUUACUGUUUACUAUCCAAGUCCUUGCUCAAGGGAGAUAAGCUUUUGGUAUUGAAACUGAUUGAACUUUACUCAGUUUGAAACAUGUGUAUCGGCAAUGUCAAUGCUCUGUUUCAGUUUCAUCAUCUGUAUCGAAUGUACAAAUUAUUACCAAAGGAAAAGAAAUUCGUUAGUACUUUUCGCCCUACAGUCUUCUCGUGGUGGCUGUAUGUUACUUUGGUUAAAGAAUGAGGGGAAUGGGGCAGUUGCCAUUGUAUCCUUAUACACACUCAUUUUAUGUUGCUAACAUUUAUUAGUUGUUGGUUUCUGACAUAAUAUUUGUCAAUUUGUGUCUUGUAAAAAAACAAGCAUAUUUGACUAGUCGUGUUGGGUAUCA